AUGUCCAAAAUUACUUCUUCUCACGUUAGAGAAAACGUUAAAAAAUUAUUAGAAUACUCCGGUGAAACUAAAAAGAGAAACUUUUUAGAAACCGUUGAAUUACAAGUUGGUUUAAAAAACUAUGAUCCUCAAAGAGAUAAACGUUUCAGUGGUACCUUAAAAUUACCAGUUGUUCCAAGACCAAACAUGACCAUCUGUAUUUUUGGUGAUGCUUUUGAUGUUGAUAGAGCUAAAUCAGUCGGUGUUGAUGCUAUGUCAGUCGAUGAUUUAAAAAAAUUAAACAAGAACAAAAAAUUAAUUAAAAAAUUAGCUAAGAAAUAUAACGCUUUCAUUGCUUCCGAAGUUUUAAUUAAACAAGUUCCAAGAUUAUUGGGUCCUCAAUUAUCAAAAGCUGGUAAGUUCCCAACUCCAGUUUCUCACUCCGAUGAUUUAUACUCAAAAAUCCAAGAUGUUAGAUCAACCAUCAAAUUCCAAUUAAAGAAAGUUUUAUGUUUAGCUGUCGCUGUUGGUAACGUUGAAAUGUCAGAAGAUGAUUUAGUUAACCAAAUCUUAAUGUCAACUAACUUCUUAGUUUCUUUAUUAAAGAAACAUUGGCAAAAUGUUGGAUCAUUAGUUAUUAAAUCAACUAUGGGUCCAUCAUUCAGAUUAUAUUAG